UUCAAAACUCCAACCUUUAUUCUGUGAGUACUUCUCAUACCUAAUGUAUUUCAAUGAUAAAGUCAUGAAACAAAUGAAAACGGCACUUGAAAUCCACAAAAACAGGAGUGUACAAUUUAAAAAUAACCAUGGCAAACAAAGAAGCCUCUUCCCCUCCAGUUCCUAAAACAAACUUCAAUAGUAAUCAGGACUAAUCACGGAGCUGCAAAAGCAUGCCUAAAGAAGAAGAAAAAUGUGAUACAGAUGAGCAUUGGCCGAAGAGUACUCUUCCGGCGAGGCACCCGGCUAUCUUUCAUCAAAAUGAGUCAUUUUUUAUACAGAGAAAAUUGAUCGAACGGAUAAUAGAAGAGAUGGAAACAAGAGAAAUAAGCAUAGAUGAUGAUCGAAGAAAUGAGACUGAAAUUCAUGGAUUUUCAAUUUCCAAAAUUUUGCUCGUUUGCUCAUCCUCAUCGUUGAACAGAUAUCACUUCUUCAUCAAUGUUUUCGCGGAGAGGGAAAUGAAUCUCAAAAUAAAUUAAUUCAUCAAAAUAAAUAAUGUAGUAGUAGCCAUAUUUUGUUAAUUCAAAAUUGAGAUAAUGGUUAGUCCAAAGGCCUAAUAUAGACCUGGGCCCGUAAACAAACCCUGACAGCCUUCAUAUAUAAAGAGCCGUUUCCACAAACCCAAUUCAUUCAUCACUAAUCACUAUCUCGAUUUCGCAAAACCCUAGCUUAUCUGCGGCGGUUGCGAAGAUGCAGAUCUUCGUGAGAACCCUAACGGGGAAGACGAUCACCCUCGAGGUGGAGUCGUCCGACACCAUCGACAACGUCAAGGCCAAGAUCCAGGACAAGGAAGGCAUCCCGCCGGACCAGCAGCGCCUCAUCUUCGCCGGCAAGCAGCUCGAAGAUGGCCGCACCCUCGCCGACUACAACAUCCAGAAGGAGUCCACGCUCCACCUCGUCCUCCGCCUCCGUGGUGGAGCUAAGAAGCGCAAGAAGAAGACCUACACCAAACCGAAGAAGAUCAAGCACAAGCACAAGAAGGUGAAGCUCGCCGUUCUUCAGUUCUACAAGGUCGACGAUUCCAGCAAGGUGCAGCGCCUCAGGAAGGAGUGCCCCAACGCCGAGUGUGGUGCUGGAACCUUUAUGGCCAAUCAUUUUGACCGCCAUUACUGCGGUAAGUGUGGCCUUACCUAUGUCUACAAUAAGGCCGGCGGCGAUUGAUUUAGAGAUUGGAUUAUUUUACUUUUGUAUGAUAAUAGACGAGAAGUUAUCAGAAAUUAUAUUAAUGCUAAGACCUUAAUCUUA